GCGUCACACCAAAACAGGAAGUUUCCAGAGUUCGCAGCUGCAAGCUAGUGAGCUAACCUGCGAGGCGCAUACGGAAAUAGCGACAGUUUAGAAAAUGUUUUAAUCCCGUGGAGAGCCUUUCGUCGCAUCGGGAAACAUAAGAUUUUUUUUGCUACAGUUCCAAUCAGAUAGCAGCGUAACAUGAAGUUAUGGAGGAGCGAAAGCUAAAGAGAAAGAGCCCCAGGGUCUCCAGCAACGCGGCGGCUCCGGCCGGCGGCUCCGGCCGCAGGAAUGGCUCUAACUCCGGGGGACGGCAGGUCGGCUACAGCCACAACACCGGGGCUCACUCCAGCCAAAAGAGCAAGAGUAGGAGGGGAGUCAGAGAUAAAUCCAGGUACCAGCAGGGUGUGAGCGGUAAAGGUAACCAGACCCCUGGCCAGGCUGCACCGAUCAUCCAGCACUCCUUCCUGACCGACGUCUCAGACGUGCAGGAGAUGGAGAAUGGCCUGCUCAGUCUCCUCAAUGACUUCCACUCAGGAAAACUACAGGCAUUUGGCAACGAGUGCUCCAUCGACCAGAUGGAGCACGUGAGGGAGAUGCAGGAGAAGCUGGCGCGCCUGCAGUUCGACCUCUACGGCGAGGUGGACGAAAUGCCGGAGGACCAGAGGAAGGUGGCGUGUGACACCAACAUGGACAAGCUACUUCUUAACCUUGAGGAGCUCAGCACGUCCAUCCAAAAACUGAACCUCGCCGACACUCAAGAGAUCCCGAGGACUGCCAGCAUGUGAUCACUUCUCUAACCCGCCACUCCUUUCUCAUCCCCAUCCGAUCCAACCGUUUGUGUUAUUCCACCUUGAGUGGCUGCGAUGGAUGAGGUGGAGCGGAACGAGCUUCUUCUCUGCACUGUUUCUCUUCAGUAUUGUGGCGGAAACGGCUACAAAGCUGUUCACCAGCGUUCCCCGUCCGCACGGGGUGAUGGAUGUAUUACGGAAAUGACAGAACAGGGAUACACCAGCAGCUUUAUUUUAUUAAUAAAGUUGCAAAUAUUUGAAUAGAAAUUUCCUCUUAGCUUAAACGGAAUCUAGUGUCGGCUUUGGUGCAUCCCUGUAACUGCCACUUCGAGGUCAAUUUGUAGUGUGCUCGUUAAUUUCCAAGCAGUCUAGAUUCGCAAUACAUUGCUAACCAAAGUUGUACUGAUCAGCUGAAAGUGAGACAGCCGCACAUUUAAUUUCGGUUGUCUCGCCCGUUUUCACAGAUCGCUAAAUGUCUGUAACGUCGCAAAUUAGAGAGUUUCUCAACAGAUAGCUUUAAACACUAGCUUCGAUUUAAUCCGUGAGCAAAUUAAAACUACUCAAAUUAACCAAAAAAUCGUUUGUGGUGGUAAGACUCUGUAUACGGCAGUAUAUAUUUUUUGGCAUUUGAUUUCUCGUUGCACACGAGUGACUUGGUAUCACCUCCGAACACAUCAUUCAGUGUUGAAUAUAUUUGCACAUAUCCAUGCAACAUGCACGCGUGUUGGGUUUGUCACUGGAAGAGAUUCGAUAACCUAAAUAUCGACACAUCACAGCCAUGCCUUAAUAUAUAUCUAUUUUUUUCCUGUCUAAUUUAAUCAUUUUUGCCUUAUUGUUUUCGAAACUUUUAAAACGGUUGUUGGAUUUAGGUUCCCGAGACUAUUUUUUGAUUUGAAAUCACUGCUUAUUUUAACUAGGGUUAUAGCUGGAGGGCAUGGGCUGUUGUACUGUUAACUUUUUUGGUGAUUUUAUUGACUUAAUAAAAGUUUUUGUCUGAU